UUUAUAUUUAUUAAAAAAUAUGUUUUAAAGACACAUAAAUUCAAGAAAAGCAAUAUUUCAAUAAUUAGAAUCUGUCAGCGAAAUAAUUGGAGACACCACACCUAAAUAUACCACCCAAUCAUUCUUUUUAAUCUUUACUAGGAGUCUAUUACUACCUACAACCUGUAAAAUAUCUUGAGGCAAAUGGCAGCACCCCUCCCCCAGGCCAUGGAAACAGUGCAAUCUGAAUAAUUGAGAAAUACAUUUAAUAAGGUUUAUUGAUAAAAGAUAAAAUACACGAUUUUCAAUGAUGUUAAGAGCGAAGCAGUGACACAAUACCAGAGGGAACGCAAAUGGAAACAGGAAGAUCUAGUCAAAAAUUGUAUGCCAAGAAUUUAUCUUGUAUCUCGAUAUUAGCAACUGCUAGCUCUGUAGCUAAAUAUCUCAUAAGUUCUUACAAAGAAAAAAGAGUGUUAAUGUUGGCUAAAGCUGAACAUAUUUUACAUGAAAAUUAUGGAGAUAAGAUCUUUUGGAAGAUUAGAAAGAGCAUGCAAUUCGCCUCGAAAUUAUUAGACUUGAGUCAUAAUUUUAUCAAGCAGAAUUUAUACUCUCAAGAAAUGGAUUAUGAUACAUUAAAAGUAAAGAAUAUAAAAAUGAUUGGAAGAGAUUAUAUGGGAGUUCAUUGGCGCAGAAUGGAUUUUAUAACUGGGAAAGAUCCCUCAAAGGUUAUUAGCAUCGAAAAGGCAACCUCGCAGAUAAUUGACAUUAUGACACAGUUAAAUAUUCGAACACUAUUCUUAGCGACCGAUACGGUUGAAAAAGAAAUUGAAGAUAUAACUAAAAUUAUGAAUAAUCACAAUAAAAGAAUUUUAAUAUUCAGAAAUAAUAUGACACCUGGAGAAUUGGCAAUUGUGGAUCAGAUUAUAUGCAGUUUAUCUAGGUAUUUCAUAGGAACAAAAGACUCUACUUUUACAUUUCGAAUUCAAGAGGAGAGAGAGAUCAUGGGAUUUGAGUCAAACACAACUUAUAAUGUAUUUUGUGAUGGAAUAACAGAUUGUCAUGAUAUAUCUAAGUGGAAAUACAUAGAAUAAAAAUACUCUCAAUUCAAAAUUUGAUACACAAAUGUCUAUUAAAUUUGCUUAGCACUAUUUAAAUCUUCCAGAUAUUCUAAACAUUUUGAUCGAGUCCAGAGAGGUGUGUCGGGUAUGGAUAUUUCACAAAAUGAAUAAGCUUUUUGAAGGCAAUCUAGUCUACAAAAUUUGCUAAUUUCUGAAUUAUCAUAUAUUUUUUGUUUAGGCAUAUCAAUGCUGUAUUUUGAUUUAAAUUUAUAUACCUAAAAUAGAGAAAUGUAGCAAUAAAUUUUGAAAAAUUC